GCUGAAGACGAUGAAAAUGGAUUGGUAUUCCUGUUGUAUCUGGGUUCAAAAGCAGAAUUCAUCCAGGUCAGUGAAGUUACUGUGAGUCCAGUUAAGGCCAACAUGCAUUCAGCCUACUUACACAGCAUUGCCUACUUGGAACAGACUGAUUCUCAUUCGAGGUAGCCUAAAACUCGCAAUUAUCUCAUUGGAUACAAAGUUUGUCUUAUAACCUCUGUAGCCAAAUUUGCUCUUUAAUUUGUACUUCUGGGAAGUGAAGAGUUUAUGGAUAUUGACCGUGUGAAACUUUGACAGCACUAUGAUCUGCGGAAUAUUUCUUCGUACGGUUACUGACUUUAGCUUUUCAUUUUAACUGCGGGGCUGUAAACACAUCAACCGGAUUUACAGCUUUACCUAAGAUAGGUAUUUAUUUAUUGAAUCCUGUCAUAUUUCUGCUAUUGUUUCAGGAAAGAACUUUCAACUGGAUUUACUGCUUUAGCUAAUACUCUACUGUGGAGUCAACAUUGUAACUUGAAAGAACGUUCAACUGGAAUUACCGCUUUAGCUAAUACUCUACUGUGGAGUCAACAUUGUAACUUGAAAGAACGUUCAACUGGAAUUACCGCUUUAGCUAAUACUCUACUGUGGAGUCAACAUUGUAACUUGUGGAUAAAAAAGGGAUUCAACUGUGUGCAGCUGUGGGAUUUUACGGUGAGCAUUCUGUGAUACUCAGUUUAUUGGCAGCUAAGGCAUACCCGGUUGUCUUAGUAUAAGUUAUGUAUAUAUACUUUUAUCAGAUGUGGAGAGACAGCUGAUGCAACCAUCAGUAUUGAAUACUGAAUAUUUAAAACGGCAAGGGAGGUGACAAGAAGUUUGUAGCGUUUUAGGGUCGAUUGCCUCUUGAUGUUUCUUACUACAUGUAUCACGCAUGAAGGACCUCCCGAUUUGGAAAUUUACGCCUGUGUAUUAGUGCAAAAUCUGUUACUCCCCUACACUGAUACUCAAAACGAGUUCGUUAGAUUGAAAUUUCUGUCGGAUUCAAUUUGUUCUGGCCACCAAGAGAGCUGUGUUAACAAGAUUCUACUCUCAGCAGGGAGCUAUACAUCACUGACGUCUUUUCAUCCCUUACUAUCAUCGGUGAAAUCAAUGAAGGUGAUAAUCUCUGAAAUACAGUUGUGUUUUUGGAAACACUGUACAAAGAUAUUUACUCUGCUGCAAUGCUCAGCAUUAUUUUAUUUCACGUAAAAGCCUAAUGACAUCGUGUAGCGCAACCGUUUACUCUGAAGUAUGCCUAAGGCCGGAAGAAGAGCCCGGGGAAACAGGAAUUCCACGUCGCGCUCGUCGCUUGGUCUUAAUUUGCGAAGAUCCGAAGGCGACGAUGUUACGAGUUUGCCAGGUGUUAGUUUUUCAGAUGGCAUGUCGUGUAGUGAUGCGUUUUCUAUCAACGACGAGACCAUUCUCAUCAACGUUGGAGGUCAGGUGUUCGAAACCUACAUUUCGACUUUAAAUCGUCUGGCAUGCAAGUGUAAACUGACGAACGAAUUGUUUCUGCGGCGCCACUUCCGGUCUGACCAAGGUGACUUCUUCUUUGACAGAGACCCAGAUGUGUUUAGGUGUGUGCUGAAUUUGUUAAGGACGGGUCAGCUACAUGUACCUUUGAACUGGUGUGCUUCUACCUUACAAAACGAGCUGUUAUUUUGGGGUGCCGACGUCGGCGAUGUGGAGGGAUGCUGUUGGUCUGCUAACAGGUGUUUGAAAGGGCAGAAAUCCGCUUUCCAGAAGAUGGAGAAAUGGCUGACUUCAACAAGAACGACGGAAGAAUGGUCGUCCAUAGUGAUGUCACCUUGGCAACGACUCCGAAGAAAGAUUUGGCUAUUCUUCGGAUAUCCCUCUUCAUCCAUUCCAGCACAAAUAUUUUCCUGGAUUUCUCUAAGCCUCGCAGUUGGUUCCGUCGCCACGUUCUGUAUGGAGACAUAUCCUGGUUUCCAAGUCUGUAAGGAGACCAUAGUCACUUCCCAUGGCGGACAAAAUUCAGCCGAAAAAAUAAUGUCGUCUGCGAUUGGUCCAGCGGCUCUGUGUAAAACCGGAAGAGAGCCUGAUUCGGCAGUCAUAUCUAAGUCCCUCCAACCCCAUCCUGUAGUGGUGUUCACGGAUUUUGUGUUUCUGGUCUUCUUCAACAUUGAAUUCUUUGUAAGGAUUCUUUGCUCACCAACUAAAAUGGAGAUUUUGUUAUCUUAUGUCAACAUCUUGGAUUGUUUUGCUUUACUUCCAGACUAUUUGCAAUUGAUCAUGGUGACAUUUUUCACAAACCAGAGUCGGUUGAACAAUUCCUUGCACGUCCUAUUCGUCCUAAGAACGUUUCGCCUGUAUCGAAUUUUUAGAAUUUUCAGUCGACGGAAAGAAUUUCGCGUUCUUCUUUGGAUGUUAAUAUUGAGCGUGGAGGAACUACUUUUCGUGUUGUUAUACCUUGUUGUUAGCGCGGUGACCAUGGGCUCCUUGAUUUAUUUCGCGGAGCAACGCGAAACAUCAGAUUUCAAAAAUAUACCCAUUGGAUUCUGGUGGGGCCUGGUUUCCAUGACUACGGUUGGAUUUGGAGAUGUUGUGCCAGAAACGACUGUAGGUAUUUUACUUGGAUCACUUUGUAUGUUGAACGGGGUAUUGAUUCUGAGUAUGACAAUAGCGACAAUGGUGGGCAAUUUCCUUUUACAUCGAUCUCAGAUUCAUUGUAGCUUGAAGAAAAUUUGCAAAUCAAAGGGUCAGUCAGAAGCCACUUUGGUUUCGACAGAGCCGGGUAAUCACUCCAGAGGCCGAGCCGUUCCAUGUUGUAUCUAACUACUUCAGUCAUCGUCAAUUUUUGAACACAAAUGAACACAUUCCAAAGAAUGGAGUUGGACAUGUUUGCAUGUAUAUACAGCUCUCACAGAAGCAUAACCUUUUCAAACAUCGCAUUUUAGUGAGUAUGCAUCUUUGCUUAGGGUUUAACGAGGAAUAAUUAGGUGUGUACGCAUACUGUGUCUUCCUAUGGCAGAGCGAGUCAAUGCGGCCAAAGCGCAGCCGAAACUGACGUAUCAUACCGAAGACACCAGACAUGACACCCCACUGAUGCAGGGCCAACCACUAAUGUUUCCUUGCUCUUACCUCUCAGUGCUGAGCGUCAAGCGCGGUAACAACAAGUACAAUCUUGAAGUCUUUGGUAUGACCCGCCCCGGGUUUGAUCUCGAGUUCUCACGACCUAGAGGCGAAUGCUCUAACCGUUAGGCCUGCAUUUUGGUAAAUAUUUUGUUUUUAACAAUACAUCCAAGU